ACGAGCUUCCCUGAACGCACCAUCUGCAGAUCCCUGCUGUGGGACCCUGAACGCAACAAGCUGCACUGAAGCUGCAGAGCCAGACUCGUUGUGACGAGAGGAGCGAGGGAGCGACGGGUUUCUAUCCGCACCGAGCAUCGCUCCGAAGUGACCUGGAGGAAGGAAGAUGUCAGUGGUUUAUAAAGAUGACCGGGAGGACUGGGUGACAGUGUGUCUCAAGUACCUGCUCUUCGUUUUCAACUUUCUCUUCUGGGUGGGUGGAGCUGCCGUUUUGGGUGUCGGGGUCUGGACGCUGGUGGAGAAGAGCGACUACUUGAGCCUGCUGGCCUCCAGCACUUUCGCUGUGUCUGCGUAUAUCCUCAUCCUGGCUGGCAGCCUGGUGGUGGUCACGGGCUUCUUGGGCUGUUGUGCUGUCAUCAGGGAACAGAGGCGCUGUCUGUCCACGUAUUUCUUCUGCCUGCUGUUUAUCUUCCUGAUUGAACUGGUGGCUGGAAUACUGGCCUAUGUUUACUACCAGAGGCUGAGCGAUGAACUGAAGCAGCAUCUCAACCAGAAGAUGACGGAGAACUACGCCCAGCCAGGACGGGAGGCCGUCACAUUAGCUGUGGACAGACUACAACAGGAUUUCAAAUGCUGUGGCAGCAACAACUCCCACGACUGGAUGGCGAGCGCGUACAUUUCAUCGAGGCACGCAGAGGGCAGGGUUGUGCCCGACAGCUGCUGUAAGACCAUCACCCCUUUCUGUGGCCAGAGAGACCACCCAUCCAACAUCUACAAGGUGGAGGGAGGAUGCAUCUCUAAGCUGGAGCAGUUUCUGGCCGACCACCUGUUGGUCAUCGGUGCAGUGGGAAUCGGAGUGGCCUGUCUGCAGAUCUGUGGGAUGGUGUUCACCUGCUGCUUGUCCCGGAGGAUCAAGAUGGAGCCUUACUGAGCCCCCCCACCCCCAACACACGGACGGAACUAUGACCUGCUGAAACCAAACUUCAGCCUCUGUGCUCUGAACUCUGACAUUUGCCACCCAAGACAAAUCCACAGACAUGUUUCGGGUCACAUCCAGACAUGUCCCAUUGAGGCCGAGUUUCAGUUCCUGUGUUGCACUUCAGUUACAACGCACUUCAAUCCAGGCUUAUCUGUUUCUUAUCCAGGCUUCCUGCAGCCUCAUUGCCUUGGCUGAGCUGCAUGUUCUAGUGUGAGCAGGACUCAACAAAGGGAAUCUCUCAUAUUACUUUCUUAUAGUGAUGGGAAUAGAUUUACCAUGUGUUCACUGAUAUAAUGGGCUUUUCUGCAGACUCCAGUGCUUCAGUAAGUGGAGUGAGGGGAGCACUGUGUGCGACACUGUAAACGAUAGAAGGAAACUUAUGGUUGUAACACAAUGUGCCUCGUUCACAACUUUAUGUAUUGAUUCUGUACCUGAAAUAUGAAUAUUAACAAAUGACGUAUAGUUCACUGUCUUUAUAUUUGUAGUUAUGUCUUUAUUACUGACAAUAGGACUAAAUAUUAAACUGUAUUAUGGUUUAUAUAAAUGAGCAAUACAGGUAGUUAAAUGUAUGGAAUCAAACAUGAAGACAUUUCCACUCAAAUAUUUAGAAAAGUGAAAAGUCAUCUCAGCUACUCUAUCUCUGAAGUAACGACUCCACCUAGUGGUCGUCAAGGGUCAUAUACUGAAUGUGUGCAACUAAAUAUUCCACUUACGUCUGAUGCCAUAUUAUAAAGUAUUUAUAUUCAUAUGAUACCAGAAAAAAUAUACAUUACAGAUUGACGUAUUUCAUCACACUGUCGUAUCAUUCCCUGCAUUUUUGUUUGAGAGCCACAGAAAGUAACAGCUAUAUUUGUAUUCACUGUCUAAUCUAUCUGUCCGUAACUUUUGCCGAAUCUAUUACCGUGGGAAAAACAAUGUUUAGCCUUGUUGCUGCUGUAUUGUAGAGGCGGCGGUGCCGUGUAAUAUAAAGAGUAGUAAUAUAAACCAUCAAGGUUUCAGAGAUCAAAAAAGUGAAAUAUCAGUUUGAAUUUUUAUUUUAUUUUCCAUAUAAAUCCCUUGAAAGACUUCGUCACAGUUGCAGUGACGGGAUUUGUGUAUUUUCAAAUGAUUGGUGCUAAUGUAGAUGGUUGAUAAUGAUUUAACAGUGGCAUGUGCUCCACCGUCUGAUUGUGCUUCUCAAACUAUUAACAUGAAUAUGAUAAAUAAAUGUUUGAAUAUU